AUGAAAGCUGUUAUGAUGCAACGAGAUGAAGCUAUAAAGAUGCAGGAAUGGCAGGAAAUUAAAGAAUGGGGAAAAUUCAGCAUGGGUAAGAUGUAUAGAAUUCUUCAAACCUAUGGUUCAAAAGUAGAAUGGAGAAAUUUGCAGUAUAACAAUAAUGCUAAACCUCGAUCAAAAUUUAUGUUCUGGAUGGCAUGUCACGAGAGGUUGGCGACGAAGGAUAGACUUUGCAAGUUUGGUUUUGUGAAAGAUACAAAAUGUGGUUUCUGUGUAAAAGAUGAAUCAGUUAAUCACCUGUUUUUUGAGUGCGAAAGUUUGAAAAAGGUUUGGAAGGAAGUACUCGCUUGGAUCCAGAUUAAUCAUAGUCCUGGUGAUUGGAAUGAUGAAAGAAAUUGGUUAGUUCAAAAUACGAAAGGAAAGGGUUCUUGUGCUGCUAUCAUUAAAAUGGCAGCCACCGAAACCAUAUACGCGUUAUGGAAAUACAGAAAUGCAAGAAUACUCGGGGAUGAUAUAGAUAUCGAUAAAGUAAGGAAAGAUAUCAUAGAUACUCUGGUGUAUAAAGGGUGGGAAAAUAAAAAACUCAGAAAUCACAUAGCUAUCCUUAUGCUUGAGGAUUGA